AUGGCACCCUUUGACCUCAUUGUAGGAAAAAAUAUCGACGAGGCACGAUUCGCGUUCGCCCUCAAGCUCAUCAAAGCCAAAGAAGACAUUGUGGCUUUCGUCAAAAAAAGACUUGGUUGGAACGGAACGGGGAACUAUACUGGUUUCUUGAAUGGCUCAUUCAAUAUCAGCCUGGUUAUAAAACGUGACGACAGCGACGAGCGCGUCGUCAUUCGCUUCCCUAUACCAGGAAACAUAUACGAGCCAUGGCGAGAUGAAAAAGUUGAAAACGAGGUGAUGGUUAUGAAAUAUCUUCGUGACCUAACCAGCAUCCCCGUUCCUCUUGUGCGCGAUUGGGGCCUCACCAAAGACAGUCCGCAGCACUUUGGGCCGUUCAUCAUCAUGGACUUCGUGGAAGGGGAGGUCUUGAGCGACCUUCUGCAACAGCAAAACGAGAACAAGAAGGACCCAAUUGUUCUGGAUCCAAAUAUCGACAAUGUAAAGCUUGACUUCAUCUAUGAGCAGAUUGCAGACUUUCUGCUGGAACUGUCGCAUCACAACUUCCCUCGCAUUGGCGCUAUCUCCCAGAACGCGACGUCUGGCCAGUGGGAUGUCAUCAGACGACCUUUGACAUACGACAUGAACGAGGUCGUCACUCUCGGCGGCUACCCCCCUGACCGCUUCACCUCAGCAGCGCCAUUCGAUCGCGCUAGUGACUUCUUCGCCGCAUGUGCGCAGUCUUUUCAAAUACACCUUGAGGCGCAGCGUAAUAUCGCCGCUGAUGACGACGAUCUCGCUUGGAAGCAUUUCGUCGCACGCCAUUGCUUCGCACAGAUGGUUCCUACGAUGGGAACAGUCAACGACGCUGGACCAUUCCGGCUCUUUUGUGAUGACUUGCGGCCGACGAACAUGCUUGUCGAUCCGGAAACGCUCCGGAUAACGGCAGUGCUCGACUUGGAGUUUACCAACGCCUUGCCAGCGCAGUAUAGUGAUGACCUGCCUUGGUGGUUGUUGCUCAAACAACCGGCCAUAUGGAUUAGCGAAGACGACCUUCCCCUUCACGAGUUCUUGGUUAUGUUCGAACCACGGAAAGAACAGUUCAUUCGCGCUAUGGAGCGGGCCGAAGCCAAGUCAGAAGUGACAGCGGAGGAGACACGUCUCUCUGCUCGGAUGCGGGAUUCCUGGGACAGUGGGCGGUUUUGGUUCAAUCUCGCAUCGCGGAGGAGCUUCGAUGUUGGCGAGUUAUACUGGGAGGUCAUGCAUAAAGAUGGCUUGGGCGAGGCCAUUUUGGACAGCGAGACUCUGGGGAAGAAAAAGGCGUUUUUGCAACGGAAGUUGGCCCAGUUUGAUGCGUAUAAAAGAGAAAAGGAUAAUGACCCGCGCUUCGCUGCUUAG